AUGAUGACUGGAUACAUUAAGCAAAAACACGGUUUCAAUAUCAGUCAAAAAAGAAUUGGAAAGGCCCUGUCAACUGUUUCGCCAGCAUAUCACGCAAGACGUCAAACAGAUACCGCAAGAUCUGUUAAUCCUAUCCCUUACAGGGCUGACUAUUUUGGUCAUAAACUUCAUAUAGACCAAAACGAAAAAUUAGUAAUGUACGGUACAACGCAUGUCGUAGCAUUGGACGGUCACAGUCGCUUUGUUGUUGCUGCUGCUACAAUGCCAGUCAAAAGCAACCCCGUGAUAUAUUCGCAUAUAUACAGAAAGGUAUUGACCACAUAUUGCAUGUUUGACCAAGUUCGGGUGGACCACGGGAGAGAAUUUUUUCUCAUGCUGGGGAUGCAGGAGUAUCUGGCAAAUAUUCGUGGUGACCAAUUAAGUUUACCUUAUCAACAAACAGAAUCGAAAAGGAAUCUACCAAUUGAAAGAUUUUGGGUUGAAGUUAAUGGUCGAGUUAAUUAUCCAAUCAAAUCAAUACUAGUCGACAUGGACAAUUCAUUGAUUAUAGACAUGGAUAACAAUAUUCAUAAGUUCUGCGUUUCUUUUGUCACCUGCAAAGUUGCAAACUUUGGGCUGCAAACAUUGGUAAGAGCCUGGAACUGUCACCCAAUACCUGGUAGAGGAGUUCCAUUGAAUAUUAAAGAGAUGACAACUCGAUAUCCUCCAGUGCAGCAGAGUAAUGUCCCAGACACCGCAACAGCUAUGCAAAUAUACAACCAAACAUAUCAAGGACGGAUUUCUGAGCCUAACCAAUUCGGUGACGAUCCUUUAAAAGACCAUCCACAGUUUUUAGCUAAUCGAAACAGAGAGUUUAAUGAAAUCUGUAAUAUUGAACAAAUUUAUAACGAUGUUGUGAACGAAAAUGAUAGAUCGUUUCGACAUGCCGUACAUUGUUUUAUUGAUAUCACUGAAAGAUACAACGCUCUUUUGUAAAAUUGUCUUGUUGCUUUCGCGCUCACUUCUGCAUUGUUAUCAGGAAAAAAUUUGAGUGGGAGAAAAAGUUUUAGUCUUCCUAGUAGGGAUUAACUUUCCAAAAAAAUAUUCAAACGAAACAUAAGAAUUUUUUUGUAAAAAGCAUUUGAAUUAAUUUUUAUCUCCUUUGACGUUUGUUACCCUGUUGUUGGUUGGGCGCACAGAAAGAUCUUGCUUAUGUACCCCCGGAUUCUGUUGCGCGAACUCGCAAGAUCAAGAGUGUUUUUAAUCUUCGCUAAAGGUCAAGAGUGUUUUUAAUCUUCGCUGAAAAACACUUGCGAAAGACCUGGUUUCUAUUAACUUGAAAUCAAAAUGCUCCUUAACGAUGUUUUGGACGUAAAUAUGAAAACGAUUGCAAAAAAACCGUCGUCAGCCUGGAGUGUUUUUUAACAUUGGUUAGCCUGAAAUUUUCUUUAUUUCGUUCUCAUGCGUAAAGCAUCUUUUUUAUGGCAAAUAUAUUCGCUUCCAGACUUUAAAGUUCAUGCAAAAUGCAAAAGACUGAAAAAAAGGAUCUUUUUUCAGAGAAUGUGUAAUGUACCUAAGUAUUGCCGCCACUUUAAAACAUAAGUAAAACAUAUUGUGAAGAAUAAAAUAUAUUUUGAAACAUAAAAAAUACAAGUUUUUACAAAAUUAAAAAUAUUUACACUGUGACAGAUAAAAACCGGGUCAUAAAAAACAGUGGUAAGAAGAUUUUUGCCUUCCUCUCUCCGUUUUAAGUAUAUAGUACAUAAAAUAAAAUAAAAGCUAAAAUAAAUAAGAAAUAAUUUUUUGACAUCGAACCGCCUUAAAACUAUGUAAAGAUAGUUUGAGUGAUCGAUCAUCGUCAAAUCAAUAAUGUAGAAAAAGGUAAUUUUUGAGGCUCUAUGAAGAAGGGUGCGCAAAGUCAGUAACGCUAUCAGGCUGGUGAGGUCAGCAAGUUUUUCCUUUAUUUCUUCUAAAAUAAAUUAAAAUUAAAUAUUUUGGAAGGGAUGGAUGUAUUUUUAACGUGGAGAAAAAGUUACCUCUUUGAAAAAUGAUUAAAACAUUAAUUUUAUUUAACUGUUUAGUAAGAUUUUUAUUUUUUUACAUUUAGAAAAGUUGGCGACAUUAAAAUUACUCACCAAAAUUAAUGGACUGUGUGCUUGUUCUUCGUGGCGUAAAAUAAUCAAAUGUUUCGAGAUCAUUGGCUUUUACUGCAUAAACCUUCCGAGCCGCGGCUUUCCAAAAGCUUAUUCCUGUAAGAAGAAAGUGUUCUCUUUAAAACUGUGAAGAGGAAAAACAAUUUUCAGUCCAUAUUCAAAUAUAUAUAUACACACCUCUUGUGGCUGCGGAGUCCUCGUAUCGUAAACCACCUCCUUGCACUAACACCAACGUUCGAUCUUCGAAUCGUGUUUUUGCCA